AUGGCUGAACGAAAAGUCUUGAACAAAUACUUCCCACCCGACUUCGACCCCGAGUUAAUUCCAAGGCGGCGGGGACCCAAGAAUUCCCAGCAAGUGGUUCGUCUCAUGGCCCCUUUCUCCAUGCGAUGCAAUACGUGCGGAGAGUACAUCUACAAGGGCAAGAAGUUCAAUGCUCGAAAAGAGACUGUGGACGGAGAGGACUACUAUGGUAUCAAGAUAUUUCGGUUCUACAUUAAAUGCACGCUAUGCUCUGCAGAGAUAACGUUCAAGACCGACCCAAAGAACACAGACUAUGCUGCUGAACAUGGUGCAUCACGAAACUUUGAACCGUGGCGAGAAGAGAAGGAGGGCGAAGAAGAGGACCGAUUGGCAAAGCUGGAGGAAGAAGAGAACAACCCGAUGAAGGUUUUGGAGAACAGGACCACGGACUCGAAACGAGAAAUGGAAAUUUUAGAUGCGCUGCAAGAUAUUCGAGCUCGCAACGCACGAAUAGAGCGGACGGGAAAUGACUCUUCGGUCGACCUUAUGGCCCGAAUUGGCGUAGAGGAGUUGGAGAACGAGGAAACACUUGAACGGAGGCGAGAAGAAGAGGAAGAUGAGAAACUGGUGCGAGAGGUGUUUUCCAAGGUUGCUGCCGGACCGUCAAACGAGGAGGGCGAAACACCCACGCUGAUGACCGUCAAGAGAAAGGCGGACGACACAGAACCCGAGUUGCUUAGUCUCCUCCCUGAAUCAGCGCGUUCACUCAUCUCGGCCAAGACAUCAGUGCUGCAUACCGCAAAGAAACCAAAGGUGGAGGUGUCCAAAAAGAAGUCAUUGGGCAUUCUAGUGAAGAAGGGCAAAGCUAAAGCAUAG